UAUGAGCGACCCCGCGCAGCAGACGACAGAGAGAAAUAUGUCAUCGACGUCAUCGUUUGAGUUGGACUCGGACGACGUGACCAUUGAUGACGGCGACGAUUCUCAGAAUUCCACUUCUAUGUCUUCCGUGUUUACAUAUCCCGAAAACCGUCAUCAAAGUAAUGAUAAGACACAGUACAAAAGUGAAAAGAAGAAAACUAUUGCCAGCAAGUGUAUGGACGAAAAAGAGGUACAAGAUCUAAGACUUAAGAUCAAUUCUAGAGAGAGAAGGAGAAUGCACGAUUUAAAUUCAGCUUUGGAUGGAUUACGAGAAGUGAUGCCCUAUGCUCAUGGACCAUCAGUUCGAAAACUUUCAAAAAUUGCUACACUAUUAUUAGCCAAGAACUACAUACUUAUGUUAAACAAUUCUUUGGAAGAGAUGAAGAAACUAGUGAGUGACAUUUACCAGAACCACCCAAACAGACCAAGAGCACCACCUGCUGCCCACUUGCACCAUUCCCACCACCUUCCUUCCCCACAUCUUUCCCCGGUAUCCUCCAUUACUCAGCUCCAGCAUCAACUUCACCCUGCUGAGGUUGAAAGCAUUCGUGCUAGUUCUUCUAAAGAGGGCCCAAUGACGCCAUUACCGAAUCCUCACGAGCGACAUAUGCUCCCACAUCGAUGGCCCGUGCCGUGCGCGUGCAGUCAAUGCAUGAUGGAUUCCAUGAGAAUGUCCUAUGGGACCAUAGCAACUAAGUAUCCAGGGGCAGCUCUACCGAGUCCGUCGUCCUUUCGGAAGUAA